AUGGAAAUUACUGUUACCGUAAAGAAGCUCAAACCACAGUAUUCAAUUACACGUGUGUCUCCAGUGGUACUUGUAUAUUCUAAUCAGUCACUGGAUGACGAUGACGACUUUGUUGUUCGUUCAGGUUAUCCGUAUGGGGUACCUGAUGGAUCAGUUGGAGGUCCAAUGUCUUCGUAUUUAAUCUUAACGGAGAGGGUACGAGCUGGUCGAGUUGACGAUGGAGGACCGCCCGCGUUCAUUCACUUCCCUCCUGUCAGCACUGUCAGUGUGCAACCCCAUCGCGACGUGACGAACUACUAUCGGUCUGCAAGUUUGGGGCCCCGGAAGUUGAUUGUGCAUAAGGGAAGAGCACACAAAUUUUCCUACAGUAUUGCUUACGCGUACUAUGGCAACCGGUUUAAUCAAAUCCAUCAGGGCUCACACGUUGGCUAUGUGGGUGCGCGAAAGCAGUUCAUCAACCUGGGAAACCCUGGCGACGGUUUUUACGAAGCGACCAACUAUAUUUCUUGGAGCUGCGUCCUUAGUCUUGGAAGCCCACACCUAAAGCCAUCGGACUCCGGUACCAACGCACAUAUGUGGGCAGGCUUACUGAUAAUCGGAACACUACUUGUGGGUUCAAUUACCGCGGUAGCUGUUUGGUACCGCCGUCGCUAUAUUCAUUGGUCCACACCAGACUGCGAAACCGAGCAACGCAAUCUCCCCAUUGUGCGUACGUUCCGCGCUACAUUUGUGCGCAAAACGACGGAUCAAACGAGUGCGCGAAGGGAGGACAGCCUACUCAUUGAACCGCUGCUUUCCACCUCACUCGACUCAUACAACUCCACACAGUAUUCGGAAUUUCUUUGA